AUGUCCCGGAACCUACCCCCGACGUUCACGAGUCUUUAUCGUCUGUUUCUGCGCUCCACAGCCGCCUCUGUCCUCUACAAACGCCCCGCUGUCAAAAGACUGAGGCAAGCGUGGAGGCCCGUGUUCGAAGGCGCUGCUCGGAUAGUCCGCCGUCUACAGGAUGGGCCGACGUCUGAGAGCGAGCGGAAUAAGCUCCAGCGCUGGUACAGCCUUUGGGAGAGCCGAAUGGAUGAGACUUUGUCGUUAUUAACCAUAUCAGCACGCUCGCGUGGGCUGCCGCACCGCAUCACACGUAACAUGAAUUUCCUUCUGAAGGCACACAAACAAUUCCUAAAAUUGAAGUCUGCUGGCGUGUCAAGCAGACAAUGGUGGAAUCCGACGCUGCCUCCGGAUAGCGAACGUUAUCAGCCCAAAACUGUCAUCCCGGGAUCUCGGGCUGGGAACAAAGCUGACACGGCGGCGAAAUUCUUGAAGCUGGAUCAUGACGCAUGGGGCGCACUCGGAGAAGUCGUCAUCAUGGCGGAAGGCAGAGAUAGGCUCAGCCUGGGGAGGAUCAAGAAUGAAUAA